GAGGGUGUUGAAGCCACAGUAUCAAUGCUAAAAACACGUGUUAAUCACAACAAAGACAGUUGCCCCGUAAUGGCUAAAUUGGUGAUCGACGAGUAAAAUAAACAAGAUUAGGUAAAAUCAUACUAAAAACGAUCUUAAAAUGAUACAAAUUCAGAUUAUAAUUUGAUUUCCAAUAAAAUGACGCGUCAGUGAGUUUUGUUCCUGUUGUAUAUCAUUUGUUCUUGUUUCAAAUCUUCAGCGUACACUACACUUGUAGGUAUAUACGGAGAGUGAAACAUGUGCUCUGCCACGCAAAAUCAUAUUUAUAUUCUGUUUAUGUAAAAGACACCACGGGUCUGUGCAACUUUAAGGAAUGAAAAGGAUGCACUUCCCGGCCAAUGAGAAGUUGCCUUGGCUCGCAGACGGUGAGAGAUUGGCCAAUCAGAGGCAGGGGGUGGGGUGUUAGCCGAGUGGACGGUGAGUGGCUCCGACUUUUUUCUAGUUUAGCUAAAGUCGCGCAGGGGUCGGUGGCGAGGGGAUCCGCUCCAUGGAGUGACCAGCGAGGAUCGGAGAGCGUUUACCUCCUGAAAUAUACCUUAACGUAUGUUUAUACGCUUUCUUUUUUAAUUCAGUUUGAUAGUGUGCUUUGACAGCGAAAACCAUGUCCCAAAGAAUUCGCAAAAACGGGUCUCCGACGUCGAGCUGUGGAGCUGGUGGUGGAAGUUCGCCUGGAGCCUCGGGUAUCGCUGCUGGAGUCAACGCACUAAGUCGCCUCCUGCCAAUGAAAGCCACCGUGCCGUUCCAGCUCAAAGCACAGACACAGCCCCCCCUACAGGCGAGGACAGUCCUCUCCGCCGCUGGCGGAGGAAACAGCCCCACGCACGUCCCCGGUAACGGCAAAUUCCACAAUAGCGGAUGCGACGCACCCGGGACGCGCUCGUCAGCUGCGCGCAGCUCCUGCGCCGCGAACAUCUCGGCGGUGUUGAGCCCUUCCGUGUCUCCUACGUGCGCAGUGCUCCUCGGCGCCGUGGCAGCGUCCUCCUCUUCCUCCUCUUCCUCCUCCUCAUCUUCAUCCACGCUGCGAAGCCCUACUCUUGGUCCCUGCGUGUCCGCUUCAAAUUCGAGCGCUGCGCAGAUCCGAACUGCACAAGCACAGUCUCCCCAACCAUCAUGCGCACAGGUAACUGUCACAUCGGUUUACCCCAGCGUGCACCCCAGCCUUAACUGUGCUCUCGGCGUGCCUGCGUCUCCUUCCCAGCAGUUAACCUGGUGUACGGACAACUCCGGGCUGACACCCAGCCUGCACGCACCGGCAUUUUCGGCCUCCCCGUCGUCCUGCUGUUCCUCCUUGUCGUCUUUUGUCCACAAGAGUAAAGCCCUGCCACCUCCGCAGCGGUGGUCCCCGGAAAAUGACAGACUGUCCCCCGAGAGAAUAAGCCCCAGCCCGCCUCUUUGCAAAGAGAGGCCCAGACUUCCACUGGCAGGCCCGCCGUCUGGCACUAGCAGCAGCGGGAGCAUCCGCCGCACAUCCUCUCUGGACGCCCUCACUGGACCCUACUUGUCAGGCCACUGGCCCCGCGACACACCCCACGCCCCCUGUGCACCCUGCAUGAGGGAUAAAGGCACACAGACCCCCAGUGCCUGGGUGGAUGAAUGUGAGGAGAACAGGCGGAGCUCUCACCAGCGCUCGGCAUCGUGGGGCAGCACUGAUCAGCUUAAAGAGAUCGCUAAGCUGAGGCAGCAGCUCCAGCGCAGUAAACACAUCAGUCGGCACCAUCGCGACAAGGAACGCAAAUCCCCCUUCAACGGGAACCAUGCCGCCAUCAACCAAUCACAGGCCCCAAUUCCGAAGAGCAUGUUGGUCCCCAUCCCUGUAUCCAAGUCCUGCGUCUCGCGCUUCCGCAGCAGUGUGGAGGGCCUCAACCAGGAGAUCGAGCGCAUCAUCAUCCGCGACUCGGCCGAGAAAGACGAGCAGUUCACCCCUCAGGAUGCCCCCGACGGUCACCGUGCGCCCCUGCCGCUCUGCCCGCGCAGCGCCAGCUCCCGCAGCGUCGACACGCAGACGCCCUCGGGCGCCACGCCCGCCCACAGCCGCUCACACUCCGUCUCGCCCGCUUUCCUGAGCGUCCCCGCCGACCCCUGCAGCGAGAGCCCCUCCUCCAGUGAGGACCCACUCUGCGACGGGCGUGACAGAGAUCCAGCUGCUGCCUCUCCUGUCCCUAAGUAUGCCUCCUCCCCCAAGCCCAACAACAGCUACAUGUUCAAGCGAGAGCCACCGGAGGGCUGCGAGCGAGUCAAGGUCUUCACCGAGGAAACACAGGCCAGGCUGCCGCACGAGGUCCCACAGUUCCUGUGCCCAGACAGGAAUAAGGUCAACUUUAUCCCCAAGAGCGGCUCCGCCUUCUGUCUGGUCAGCAUCCUCCGGCCCCUGCUCCACAGCCCUGAGCUCAGCCUGAAGAGCCCGGGCGGUGGGGUAGCCCAGCACGGACUGCUUCCCGUUGCCGCGGAGCCCGAGCAGAGGGUGUCGCGUGGGACCUGCACACUCUCCUUACAGCCUUCCUCCACGUGCCUGCCCCCGCACCUCGAGAACCCGGAAAGCUAGAAUGGCGGACGUGAACGAGUCUCCCGGCAACCGUAGUCACGGCGUGCGAAAUAAGCACAGCACAAGUUGUAUGUCGAACAUGGGAAUUAGUCAGGCACACACACACCCACACAGAAGAACAUGUAGGGUUUUAUUUUGGUAAUGGCAUCUUGUAUUUGAUGAGAUUAAGAAAACGUUAAUUGCUAUGCAGCUUUUUAGGUUUGUACCAGUGCCAGGAGGCCAUCUCUUCUGAGGGUUUGUGAUAAGCAUAGAUAUAUUUUUACUGUUUCUCUACCUUUUGAUAGAAAUUAGCGCGAGUGGAGAUUCGUGGAUGAAUCUCUGGCAUGCCACUGCUGAGCAUGGACACACAUCCACACGCACACAAAACAUGUGCUCAUGCUUAGCUUUGUACAUUCUUGAGAGUCAGGCUUGUAAGGGACUGUGAUUGGCUCUACUGUGUUCUAAUAGCUUGCAGUGUAUCUUGGAGAACUGGAUUUUUCUUCAAAGUUCAAACAGUGAAUCGUUGAAUAUAAAUGAAGUAAUCUGAAUAUUUCGGGAUUUUCUGACAAGGCCAUGAAACCUGGUGUGCAGAAGCUGAUUGGAUGAAAGUUUCUGUCUUAGCGACUGGGCUCAUGGCAUCCUUCCUUCCGUGUGAGGAACAAGCCCUGGUCCACUGCCGACAGACUGUACCCAACCCCCCACCCCCCCACCCCCGAGAGAGAGAGCGAGAGAGAGCAUGUGUUCUUUACUUAAUAUGUGAUGCUCUCCAAUUCCACACUGAGGAGUUGACUGCCAGGCGAGUGCUCCAUGAACGAGGUGCUUUUGUUUUUGCGUGGCCGUAAAAUGCAUUUCGAAUGCAUUACGGUCAAAAUUCUGAACUUCAAACACAUCAGGGAACAAAGAGUGAGUGAAAGAAAGUGUGUGUAUAUGUGUGUGUGUAUAUGUGUGUGUGUGUG